UUAUACUCCUCAAGCACCUCAUUUACUCCAUGCUGCCUAUAACUAUUGUAGAUCUCUCUCUUUUUCCGAACCAAGUGUCCAAUUUCCCUUGAAAACUAUGGCUCUUUCCAAUUUUGCCAGACAAGCUGGGCAGUCUGCUCUGGGAACUACGCCACCGGAUCCAUCGAGUCCUUUCCCUGCAGUGCCUGCAGGACGUUCCGUGCUGACCACUGCCCGAUCGACUUGUGGUCAAAGGUGUUGGUCCGGAAGAACCUUUCCACAGACGACUGGUACAAUGCGUGGCACCUGCGCCAGGCCCAUCCUUCGCAAAACCAGGGACAGGUGGAACCUCAGCAGGUAAUGACACCUGGUGCCCACGUGCCUUGGCUCUCAACAAUCGGCCUGAUGUAGCCUCACACGAAGGUGGCAUUGGGCACGCUUUUACCCCCGUUGUCUGCGAUGCCACUUGAGUUACUCCAACACUUCGGUUUAACCAGCAUCUGUUGUUGGUGUUGUUAGGAUUAGGUUAUUCAAUAUUGUCACACGUACCGAGGAACAGUGAAAAGCUUUAUUUUGAUAACUAAACUGAUCUGAUAUACCACAAAUGUAUACAAUAGUUCAAACUGAAGUACAACAGGUUCUCCCGUGAUCUGCGUGAGUUUUCAUUGAGAUCUUCGGUUUCCUCCCGCAUUCCCAAGACGUACAGGUCUGUAGGUUAAUUGGCUUGAUUUAAAAAAAAAAGAAGAAUGUAAAAUUGUCCAAUGUGGUGGCUUGGCGAUAUUCAGAGUACUGCCCUCCCCACUACAACAAUUCAGAAGGUUGCGCUGCCGUCAACAUCUGGGCCAGUGAGAGAGUUGCAGAACCGCCCCUUUCCGGGAAAAUGCUGGGUUUCACUUUCAGUCGAGCUGUUCCACUCCACAUCCCCGCAGUGAGCGAGGCGGCGCUGAAACAGUCUGAUCCCGGAUCGGGACGGUAGUGCAGUCGGUGAGUUGCAAGGUUGCCCCGUCACAAGGAAUAACAUGGCCCAGUCAAUGCUGCCCAAGUACUUCAGCGACACGGAGAUGAGGAGCCUGCAGACCGGGUACAGUAACGGAGAUGUGGCGUCACCGAUACUGCGGAUAAAGGGGGUGGAGGAUUCGGGCAAUGUGCCGAUUAACAUCGCAGUGUUGGGAGACGGCGGGGCCGGCAAAUCCACCUUCAUCAACACCAUGAGGGGUGUCCGCAGUGGCGACCAGGGAGCGGCUCCGGUGGGGGGUUAUGAAGCCAGUGUGAAUCCAGUGGGAUAUCCCUACCCCUCUCUGCCCAAUGUCCAGCUCUGGGAUCUGCCCGGAUCCAACUCACUCGGCUUUGAGAUGAGCCGCUACCUGAAGCAGGUGCAGUUUGAAAGCUAUGACUUUUACAUCAUCGUGUCCCAGUCCCGCUUCAGAGAGAGUGACGGGGAACUCAGCAAAAAGAUUCAGCAACAGGGGAAAGGUUUCUACUACAUCCGCUCCAAGAUCGACAAUGACGCCUAUUCCAUGCAGAUGCAGGGCACUGACUUCGGGGAAGGGCAGCGACAGAUCCGCCAGGAUUGUCUCAACAACUUCCAUCGGGUCAGCGUUGACCCACCGGCCAUUUUCCUGAUCUCCGGUCUGGAGGUGACAGGAUAUGAUUUUCCCAAAUUACAAAAUGCCCUCGCCAGUGAUCUCCCGAAGAUAAAAUCAACCGCCAUCCGUCUGGCAAUCCCAAGGAUGAGGCAGGAAAUACAGAGGCCCAGACGCCAGAUACUGAUGUGGAGAAUCGGGAUCUGUGUCUUGCUGACAGGGCCACUGGGCGUAUUGCUGGCCCCACGCUUUCCUAUCUUCUCUGCUGCUCUGUUCAUGGUUUCUGGGUGGAUACAUCUCCGGAGACAGCUGGGCAUCAGUGAGCGGGAGCUGGGAAUCCUGUCCAGGGCAGUGGCCAAGCCCGUGUCACUACUGAAAGCCGCCAUGGACCGACCCUCACCACACAAGUGGCAGGUGUUGGUCCCCAAGUUGCUGCUGGGGGCGGUGACACUGGGCUGUACAGUGGUGGGGUGCACAGGCAGGGACUCUCUGUUUCGCUGGCCCAAUGACAGCCCUGUCCCACUCUGGCUGUGUGGUGCAGGGUCCUCGAUGGCGCUUACCUUCCUGUUUCUGAAGGAUUAUCUGGACAGCCGUUUGCGAUCAGUUGAACACCUCGCCAAUAGCGCGUUAGACUAGACGAGUCAUUAGCGUUAGCUCAGUGGCCCUCAUACACCUUGCACUGCAAUGUCAUAGAAACAUAGAAAAUAGGUGCAGGAGUAGGCCAUUCGACUCCUCGAGCCAGUACCAACAUUCAAUAUGAUCACGGCUGAUCAUCUAAAAUCAGUACCCCGUUCCUGCAUUUUCCCCAUAUCCCUUGAUUCUGUUAGCCCCAAGAUCUAAAUCUAAAUCUGUUAAACAUCCAGUAAAUUGACCUCCACUGCUUUCUGUGGCAGAGAAUUCCACAGAUUCACAACUCUCUGGGUUAAAGUUAGCCCGUCCAAGCCCUUACGAAUUUUAUAUGUUUCUAUGUUCCCUUCUCAUCCUUCUAAAUUCCAGUGAAUACAAGCCCAGUCGACCCAUUCUUUCAUCAUAUGUCACUCCCACUACCCCGGGAAUUAACCCGGUGAAACUACGCUGCACUCCCUGAAAAUGAAGUGCAAUGGGGGUCCUUGUACACCGGCCCCUGAAGGUAAACAUGCAGGUACAGCAGGCAGUGAAGAAAGCUAUUUGCAUGUUGGCCUACAUACCAUGAGGAUUUGAGUAUAGGAGCAAGGAGGUCCUGCUGCAGUUGUACAGGACCCUGGUGAGACCACACCUGGAAUAUUGUGUACAGUUUUGGUCUCCCUAAUUUGAGGAAGGACAUCCCUGUUACUAAGGCAAUGCAGUGUAGGUUUACGAGAUUGAUCACCGGGAUGGCGGCACUGUCAUAUGAGGAAAGAGUGGGCUUGUAUUCACUGGAAUUUAGAAGGAUGAGAGGGGAUCUUAUAGAAACGCAUAACAUUAUAAAAGGACUGGACAAGCUAGAUGCAGGAAAAAUGUUCCCAAUGAUGGGGGAGUCCAGGCGUCACAGCCUAAGAAUAAAGGGGAGGCCAUUGAAAAUUGAGAUGAGAAAAACUUUUUCACCCAGGGAGUUGGGAAUUGUGGAAUUCUCUGCCACAGAAGGCAGUGGAGGCCAAUUCACUGCAUGACUUUAAAAGAGAGUUAGAUAUAGAGCUAUAGGGGCUAUCGGGAUCAAGGGAUAUGGGCAGAAGGCAGGCACAGGUUACUGAUUGCGGAUGAUCAGCCAUGAUCACAAUGAAUGGUGAUGUUGGUUCGAAGGGCCAAAUGGCGUCCUCCUCCAUCUAUUUUCUAUAUUUCUAUAAUCGACUCAAGCAUCUUCCCCACUGCCGAUGUAAGGCCAACUGGACUAUUAUUCCCCGUUUUCUCACACCCUCCUUUCUUAAAAGUGGGGUUACAUUGGCAACCCUCCAGUCCACAGGAACUGAUCCAGAGUCGACAGAACAUUCCAAUGCAUCCACAAUUUCUAGGGCCACCUCCUUGAGUACUCUGGGAUGCAGACCAUCAGGCCCUGGGGAUUUAUCUGCCUUCAGUCCCAUCAGUUUACCCAACACCAUUUCCUGACUAAUGUGGAUUCCCUUCAGUUCCUCCCUCCCAAUAGAUCCUCGGUCCCCUAGUAUUUCUGGGAGAUUGUUUGUGCCUUCUUUAGUGCAGACAGAACCAAAGUACUUGUUUAACUAUUCUGCCAUGUCCUUGUUUCCCAUUAUAAAUUCACCUGUUUCUGACUGUAAGGGACUUCCUUGGAUUUCACUCUAUCCUUAAUUAUCCUCAUUAGCCACGGUUGAGCCGCCUUCCCCGUUUUAUUUUUUCUCCAGACAGGGAUGAACAAUUUUUGUAAUUCAUCCAUGCGAUCUUUAAAUCUUUGCCAUUGCAUCUCCACCGUCAAUCCUUUAAGUAUCAUUUGCUAGUGUAUCCUAAAAUUCCCGUCAUCGGUUGCCUUUCUUUAAGUUCAGGACCCUAGUCUCUGAAUUAACCAUGAAUCACACCAUAUUAUGGUCACUGUUGCCCAUUAGGCUUUACACAACAAGAUCGCAGUCUGAUCCUUCCUCAUUACAUAAUACCCAGUCUAGAAUGGCCUGCCCUCUAGUCCGUUCCUGUACAUAUUGGCUCAGAAAAUCAUCCCUUAUCUAUAUUACUAAAAGUCUGAUCUUGACCACUUCCUGGUCUGUAUAUUGAUUUUAGAAAAAACGCUGCCACUUACAGCUGUGAUUUUGGCCAUCGUACUCAGAGUCCCACACCGCUGCGCACGACAAGAGGAUUUUUCCCAUCGAUGAAAAAUAAAAUAGUUAUUAGUUUUUCAAAAAUGUUGCGAUGCUCUCUCCUGAAGGCCACACCCCUUCCGGAGUACUAUAAAAACCAGAAGUGUUGAGUGCCUCCAUCAGUCUCUGCAAGAUGGGGGAGCGAGAGGGUCACGUCUCUGUCUGAGCUGUGAAUAACACUGAACACAUGUCUACUAAACUGUGAGUGGUUUUACUGACCUGUCAGUGCCCUUAAUGUGGUUUGCAAAUGCUAAAGCUGUUUUGCCUUUGGUUUGGAAAUGUUAAAGUUGCCUUGCCUAAUUGAAGUGGCCUUGCCUAAUUGAAGUGGCCUUGCCUAAUUAAAGUUGCCUUGCCUAAUUAAAGUUGCCUUGCUUAAUUAAAGUUGCCUUGCCUAAUUAAAGUUGCCUUCCCUAUAUAAAGUUGCCUUCCCUAAUUAAAGUUGCCUUGCUUAAUUAAAGUUGCCUUCCCUCAUUAAAGUUGCCUUGCCUUCUAUAUAAUUAAAAGUCUAAUCUUGACCUGUUUGCGUUUAGAUUGAUUUUAGAAAAAAAGCUACCACGUAUGGCUGUAAUUUUUGGCCAUCUUACUCAGAGUCCCCCUCUUCUCCUCAGGUGCAGUGGAUUUUUCUCAGCGAUGAAAAAUAAAAGGGUUAUUAUGUUUAAAAAAUGUUGAGAUUCUCUCUCGUGUCAAUCAUGCCAUGAAGGCCACGCCCCUUCUGGUGGGAGGGUUGAGGGACUAUAAAACGCAGAAGUGUGGGCGUGGCUCAGUCUCUGCAUGAUGCAGGAGGGAGAGGUCACGACUCGCUGUCUUUAGUGGCCUUGCACCCUGCUUGAAGUGGUAAAAAACUGCACUUGAAUUUGGUGGUCUUGCACCCUGCUUGAAAUGGAAUUUCAAGGAAUAGCCGUGAGUCAACUCCCAGUCCACCAGCCGUGAGUGAGUGAGCUGCCAGCACAUCAGGCUUGAGUGAUUGAGCCAUCAGCCCAAUAAUCCAUUCGGCCCACAAUGUCCAUUACUAGCCCUCUGGAAACCAGUCCCUUCAGCCCACAACACCCAAACUAGCGCUCCAGAAUGCCCCCCACUGGCCACCUAUAUUGGAAUUGGUGGAUAGGUGGAAUAUUGCAUUGGGUGACCAGCCCGCCCGUGUGAUGCUGGGACCCAACGGGUCCCACUUAGUCUGGUACAUUCCUAAAUUCCUCCUCCUCAGUCCUGUUACCGAUUUGGUUGGUCUAAUCUAUAUGUAGAUUAACGGCCCACUGUCUCCUUGCAUUGGUUCCCAUCCUCCUGCCCUGUUAGAUAAAUCGUGACCUUUAUGACACUUUCUUUCCCUUUAACUGCACAUAGACGCUUCCACAUGUAGUGGGAAAUAAUGUGCUAGCCUGGCAGGACACAACACUGAGUUACUCCCCCUUUAUUAAAGUAUAAAUCUAUUCACGUAGAAAUAGCCGAGAGUGUACUAUUGGUUAUAUUUCGCUUCCAAUCAUGUUUUUAAGUGACACAAGCAGAAUUGAGCCAUUCGGCCCAUCGAGUCUACUCCGCCAUUCAAUCAUGGCUACUCUAUCUCUCCCUCCUAACCCCAUUCUCCUGCCUCCUCCCUGCCCCCUUGACACCCGUACUAAUCACAAAUCCAUCUAACAGCCUUGAAAAUGUCCAUUGACUUCUGUGGCAAUGAGUUCCAUAGAUUCGCCUGUUCAAUCACCUGCUGCCUGCUGUUCACGGGCCAUUCCCGUUGUGAUCCACUGCUGUGAACACUGUUUAGACGUAGUCAACCUCAUGGGUCUGGGGGCAACAGUACAACACUGUGCCCCAAUGCCUAUUCAAGUGAGUCAUUUCCACAGAGUUGUUACUGAAUGUACAGACAUUUCCAUUGCUUGCUGUUGUCAAUAAAUACAUUAAAUCUUA